AUGGCCACAGAGUGUGAAAAUCCUGAAAGUAAAUUUCCAGAGCCCGCUCCUGAGAAAGCAGUUCCUGAGCACGCUUCAGAGGAAGCUAUUCCCGAGCCCGCUUCAGAGGAAGCUGUUCCCGAAACCGCUCCUGAGAGAGCAGUUCCUGAGCACGCUCCUGAGAGAGCAGUUCCUGAGCCCGCUUCAGAGGAAGCUGUUCCCGAGUCUGCUGGAGAGAGAGCAGUUGCAGUGUCGGCUCCAGCCCCUGUGGACAUAUCUGAAUCAAUGUUUAAGCCUAAUCCUGCUACCCUAGAGGCCACCCCAGACUCUGUCUCUGAACCUAGUUCCAAAACCUUCACCUUUCCUGCCAGUUCAGUCAUCGCCCCUGAAUCUGUCAAGCCCAAUUGGAAGUCCAAACCAUUUUGGCUCGUUCCUGUACCUAAGGGCAUAAGUCAGGAUUUUGACUUGGGAGAUGCAUUUGACGAUGACACACCACCUACCCAACCACCUAAAGUGGACCCAGCAGGUGGUGCAGGAGGAGCAGUGAAACCCAGUCCAAAACCUGCUAAGCCCACAGUCAAAGAACCAGCAAAGGCCAAACCCAAACAAACAGAAGAGACAAACACUGAUUUAUUUGAUGCCACCAUUCGGCCUGCCCUGUUGCCCCGAACAACCCAUAAUCCUCUCCGAACCUCGGUUGCCCCUCGGAAAGUCCAGUCUGGUCCUGACGACUUUGAUCUUGAAGAUGCCCUGGAUCCCAACAAUGACAUCAGAGGAAAGGGCAAAGACUCUGGCAAAGGCGAUAAAGACCCCGGAGAAGGGGGCCGUGAUGACGGCAAACCCAAUAGCAGAGGUAGUCAAUUUUCAGACGAUGACCUUUCUGAUGUGGCCGAUGAUAAAACCUACAACCCCGAAAAGGGCAAAGGUGGAAAAGGUGGAAGUGCCAGCAUUGGUGGCGAUGUGGAUCCUGCUGAUGAAAAUAACUAUGACACCAUGGCUGAGACCGGAACCAUCGCUGGUAUUGUGAGCGCUGUCGGAAUGGCUCUGGUUGGUGCAGUGAGCGGCUACAUCUCCUACCAGAAGAAGAAGUUUUGCUUCAGCAUACAGCAGAGUCUGAAUGCAGAUAUGGUGAAGGCAGAUGCCCCAGAUGCUGUUGUCGCACAGGAGCCACAAGUUCAACAAACUCUUCUCCAGCCUCCCAACGCUGAGCCGCCGACAGAGGAAAAUGCGGUGUAAUCAGUCCAAACUGAAGAGGGCGCAGUUCGAAAUCGUUGUUCUCCUAUUUGAAUGCCACUGUAUUUCCCAGCAGAGCACAUUUGCACCACAACGCCCUUUUUUUAAGUACCAAUGUGAACUGUUGAAAUCGACCUUAAACAUAGUGUAAUGUCUUUUAAUUGAGCAUAUUCCAUCUGUUCACGUGCAACAAUGCUAGUAAGCCUGUUUGCAAUAAUAUUGCUAUGAAAUGGAAAACACCUAAAAAUGUUUUUUUUUAGCAUGAUCUGCUGAGACCUGAGAAAUUAAACUUGGGUCUCUUUAUGGAGCCCAUACAAAAAGUCCCACACAUACUGCGCUAGUCUUAUUGUUUGUCAGAUCGGCUCAUCAUUCCUAUUAUGCAGAAAUGCAUAUUAAACAGUGAGACAACUGAUUAAUCCAAGGUUUACAAAAACGGCUGAUUGGAUAAUCAUAGAAUUAUGCUUUUAUAGGUCAAUAAUGUGUUUUUCUUUUGUUUUCACAGCAAGACAGGCUUAUCAGAUUGGUUGUGAUGGAAUCUGCAAGAUGAUGAAGGAUUUGUGAAGGGUCCUUUUGUUUGUUUUAACAUGAUCUGUAUAUAUUUGCCUUGCUUUCACAGAGCAAUGUGAAAAGAUUGUUACACAUAUAUAUGCA